AUCAUCCUGGCACAGGCCCUGCCACAUCCUGGAUCCACAGCUGCCAGUGGGACUCCUGAAGAGCAUUUCCGCUGAAAACCUACAGCAGCACAAAGGAUGGGGUACAAUUUGUCCUAUGGAAAACUGCCAGACGAUCACCUCAGCCCAGACAACAGCACCUCGCCCAACGCCAGCUCCCCCGGGAACUCCACUCACGACGAGUUCACCACCAUCGUCCUGCCCGUGCUCUACCUGGUCAUCUUCCUGGCCAGCCUCCUGCUGAACGGCCUGGCAGUGUGGAUCUUCUUCCACAUCAGAAACAAAACCAGUUUCAUAUUUUACCUCAAAAACAUCGUGGUUGCAGACCUGCUCAUGACACUGACGUUCCCGUUCAAGAUCAUCCAGGACUCGCAGCUGGGGCCGUGGCACUUCAACUCCUUCCUGUGCCGCUACACCACGGUGCUGUUCUACGCCAACAUGUACACCACCAUCGUCUUCCUGGGGCUCAUCAGCAUCGACCGAUACCUCAAGGUGGUGAAGCCCUUUGGAGACUCUAGGAUGUACAGCAUCACCUUCACCAAGAUCCUGUCGGCCUGCGUGUGGGUGGUGAUGGCCUUCCUGGCGCUGCCCAACCUCAUCCUCACCAACGGCUACCCCACCAGGAGGAACGUCGACGACUGCCUGAAGCUGAAGUCUCCCCUGGGGGUCAAGUGGCACUCGGCUGUCAUCUACAUCAACACCUGCAUGUUCGUGGUGGUGCUGAUAGUGCUGAUAGGGUGUUACAUUGCCAUAUCCAGGUACAUUUACAAAUCCAGCAAGCAGUUCAUCAGCUCGUCCAGCCGAAAGCGGAAGCACAACCAGAGCAUAAGGGUUGUCGUGGCUGUGUUUUUCACCUGCUUUCUGCCCUAUCAUUUGUGCCGAAUACCCUUUACUUUUAGUCACCUGGACAAAAUUUUAGAUGACUCUGCCCAUAAAAUUUUGUAUUACUGUAAGGAAAUGACACUGUUCCUGUCCGCAUGCAAUGUCUGUCUGGAUCCAAUCAUCUACUUUUUCAUGUGCCGGUCGUUCUCACGAAGGCUGUUCAGGAAAUCCAACAUGAGAACCAGGAGCGAGAGCAUCAGGUCCCUGCAGAGCGUCAGGAGAUCAGAGGUGCGCAUCUACCACGAGUACACCGAUGUCUGAGGGCACCCACAGAGACUCUGCUCACUUGUGAGAUUGUUUGUAUAUCGUGUAAAUAAAAUGUCUCUUGGAGUAUCUGACCAUGGAAGCUCAUUAAGGAAUGUGCAGACAUGUUCAGCUCUUCUGUGUCAGCUCACCAACAUCCAUCUCAAAGCCCAUCCCCACAGGGAUCAGGCUCACUCCAGGAAGGUUUGGGGCUGUUUUGGUAGGUUGGUAGGUUGGUUGGUUGGUUUAAAGGCCAACCUAAGGCUGCCUCAGCUUAGAAAAUAACCCAGAGCUGCGGGAGGCUCCAGCCAGGAUGGACACACUCUGGCCUCAGAGCAGGAUCC